UGCGCACUUGGAGGAAGUAUGAGCACCACUGCCCGCCGACAGCCAGAUGCGCCUGGCACUGCCAGCGGCUGGGCAAGGUGCGUCUGGUGCCGACAUGGGCACUGCUCCGGGACUGCGGUCUGCUGGAAGGACGUGGGCUCUGGGCUCUCGUGGCAUCUGGUACCUGGGCAUUGCUGCCAUUGCAUGGGGCAUGAUAACACGACUAGAGGUGAGUGCCUGGACAUACCACUACAGUGACCAAGGGAACUACACAUGGGAGCAGGCCAGGAACUACUGCCAGACAUUCUUCACCGACCUGGUGGCAAUCCAGAACAAGCAGGAGAUUGAGUAUCUCAACAAGAGCCUGCCCUUCUAUGGGCGCUACUACUGGAUCGGCAUCCGCAAACUGGCUGGCACCUGGACCUGGGUGGGCACUAAGAAGGCGCUGACGAAGGAGGCAGAGAACUGGGCAGCCGGGGAGCCCAACAAUCGCCGCUCCAACCAGGACUGCGUGGAGAUCUACAUCAAGCGGCUGUUGGAGCCGGGCAAGUGGAAUGAUGAGCCCUGCAACCGGAGGAAAAAAGCACUGUGCUACCGGGCCUCCUGCCAGCCCUUCCCGUGCAACCAGCAUGGCGAGUGUGUGGAGACCAUCGGGAGCUACCGCUGCGAGUGCUACCCUGGCUUCCAUGGCCCUGAGUGUGAGGAUGUUGUGCAGUGCACUGAGCUCGAGCCCAAGGGAGUGCAAAUGAACUGCAGCCAUCCCUACGGACGCUUCAGCUACAACUCCACCUGUGUGUUCGGAUGCCAGGAAGGGUUUGGGCGGCAAGGGGCAGGCACACUGCGGUGCCUGCCUUCCCAGCAGUGGUCAGCAGAGACCCCCAUGUGCACAGCCAUCACCUGCCCAGUGCUCAGUGCUCCAGACCAGGGAGAGCUGAACUGCUCCCACCUCCACGGGGACUUCACCUUCAGCUCCACAUGUGCCUUCUCCUGCCAGACAGGGUUUGCACUGAUGGGGCCAGAGAGCCGUGAGUGCACGGCCAUGGGGACCUGGACUGGGGAUACCCCACACUGUGAAGCCAUUACCUGCCCAGUGCUCAGUGCUCCAGACCAGGGAGAGCUGAACUGCUCCCACCUCCAUGGGAACUUCACCUUUGGCUCCACAUGUGCCUUCUCCUGCCAGACAGGGUUUGCACUGGUGGGGCCAGAGAGCCGUGAGUGCAUGUCCAUGAGGACCUGGACUGGGGACGCCCCACGCUGUGAAGCCAUCACCUGCCCAGAGCUCAGUGCUCCAGACCAAGGAAAGCUGAACUGCUCCCACCUCCAUGGGGACUUCACCUUCGGCUCCACAUGUGCCUUCUCCUGCCAGACAGGGUUUGCACUGAUGGGGCCAGAGAGCCGUAACUGCACAGCUACAGGGACCUGGACUGGGAGUGCCCCACGAUGUGAAGCCAUCACCUGCCCAGUGCUCAGUGCUCCAGACUGGGGAGAGCUGAACUGCUCCCACCUCCAUGGGGACUUCGCCUUUGGCUCCACGUGCAUCUUCUCCUGCCACAUGGGGUUUGCACUGGUGGGGCCAGAGAGCCGUGAGUGCACGGCCAUGGGGACCUGGACUGGGAACACCCCGCAGUGCAAAGCCAUCACCUGCCCAGUGCUCAGUGCUCCAGACCAAGGGAAGCUGAACUGCUCCCACCUCCAUGGGGACUUCACCUUUGGCUCCACAUGUGCCUUCUCCUGCCAGACAGGGUUUGCACUGAUGGGGCCAGAGAGCCGUGAGUGCACGGCCAUGGGGACCUGGACUGGGGAUGCCCCACAUUGUGAAGCUGUCGCCUGCCCAGUGCUCAGUGCUCCAGACCAAGGCAAGCUGAACUGCUCCCACCUUCAUGGGGAAUUCACCUUUGGCUCCACAUGUGCCUUCUCCUGCCAGACAGGGUUUGCACUGAUGGGGUUGGAGAGCCGUGACUGCACAGCCAUGGGGACCUGGACCAGGGAAACUCCACAAUGCAAAGCCAUCAGCUGCCCAGAGCUGGACCCCCCCAGCAGAGGUCACCUGAGCUGCUCUCACAUGUAUGGGAACUUCACAUACAACUCCACGUGCACCUUUUCCUGUGAGGAAGGGUUUGUUCGGAUGGGAGCAGAGGUGCUCUGGUGUGCAGCCACAGGGAACUGGACUAGGCAUCCCCCUGUCUGUGCAGAGGAUGGUGCCCUCUUAAAGCAAGUCCUGGCUUACAGCAGUGGCACGGCUCUGGCAGUAGCUGGCGUCGUGCUUUCUGGGAUGCUCAUUGCCCUCAUUGCCAAGCGGCUCAGUGACAGAGAGGAGAAGAAGAAGCUCUUGAACCCUACCAGUGACCUAGGCUCACCUGGCAUCUUCACCAAUGCAGCCUAUGAUGCCAACCUGUAAGCCUGGCCCGGACCAAACCCCACCGUGUUCCCCAGCGCUGCAGACCCAGCAGGAGCUGCUGCCGGGGCCUAGAGGGACCGCGUGCCUUUGCCUGCAGUCCCGACCUGCGCUGCCCGUGGAAGCAGCACCCACGCUGCGUGUACACACACACCCACCCCCAGGGGGCGGCGCUGCCUUCCCGCACAGCCGCGCAACAGCACCCGGGCCGCUGCCCCCUCCUCUGGGGCCAGCCCUGGGCCGGGCCCGUCCCCUCACGGAGCUGUCUCCCUGCUCCCGCCAUUCGCGGUUCUGGCGACGGCUUUGUGCCAGCGGGGCCUGAAUAAACGCCUGUGUCUAAGGAA